AUGCAGACUGUGUAUACAAACAUUUGUGAAAGAAUGGGUCGCUCUCAGGGGCCCAGUGAAUUCAAGCGUGGUACCGUCAUAGGUUGCCACCUGUGCAAUAAGUCCAUCCGUGAAAUUUCCUUGCUGAUAAAUAUUCCACGGUCAACUGUUAGUGGUAUUAUAGCAAAGUGGAAGCAACUGGGAACAACAGCAAGUCAGCCACAAAGUGAGCGGGGUCAGCCCAUGCUGAAGCGCACACAGCGCACAGAAGUCACCACCUGUUUGCAGAAUCCAUAGCUAAAGACCUCCAAACUUCAUGUGGCCUUCAGAUUAGCACAACAACAGUGCGUAGAGAGCUUAAUAGAAUGGGUAUCC